CGUUCGACGCUAUGGACCGUCUAUCUAAACUGGUCUAACGCGAAAAAUCUAACUUCUGGAUUUAAACCCAUACAAACGAGGUACCGGAAUUGUCGGCGCAAGCCCGGUGAAGCGGUUGAAUAAGAUCACGCGGUUAAGAAUAGCGCGGAACGGUCUCCGGCUUCUGUUUUUAUUGCCAACGAACUCCCAUAUAAAUUCCAAAACAGCAAAAUAAAAAGUGUCAGUGGGUCCCGAAGUGAACAUUAAUAUCGAUCUCAUCUCAAGUGUCCGAUUCCACCUCAAUCGUCUCCCGGUAGCUUCUAAAAUUCUCUAAAAAUGCUGAUGAAGGCACAAAUUUUGCUGGCAUACCUGGCGAUAGCGACAGCCGCGGCGCACCAGUUCGGCGAGAGGUUCCGCUGGAAGAUAGUAGAAAUCGCGUGGCCCUCGGACGAAAUAAAAACUCAAGUGUUCGAUAGAAACGAUUACGUCCCAGUGAACAACGCGAUCGCGGGUAUCAAGGUAUGGAAAGGUAUGAUGUACCUAACAGUGCCCAGAUGGAAGCCAGGUGUGCCAGUAACCCUGGGUGUGAUACCCUCGGAGCUAAUAAUGAAGGAAAUUCCACCGAAACUCCAAGCAUACCCGACCUGGGAGAUGCAAACAGUGGGGGAUUGCCGGGCAUUUCAAUUUGUCCAGAGUAUGGAGAUCGAUCCCCUGGGACGCAUGUGGGUCCUGGACACUGGGAGAACAGCCACGAUGACCACCGAGCCCAAAGCAAGAUGCAAUCCUCGUUUGGUUAUCCUGGAUCUGGAGAACAACGGAGCCGUCUUGCGGAACAUUCCAUUCCCGGAGAGUGUCACUCCCCACAAUGAAUCCUACCUCAAUGACAUUGUUCUUGACAGCACUGACGGAGGAUUCGCCUACAUCUCCGAUACAAAUGACCGCGAUCCCGGGAUCAUUGUCUUCUCCCUGGAGAAGAACAGAUCGUGGAAAGUUAGGCACGACUCCAUGAAGAAGCAGAAGGAAGCUGAGGACUUCUUCAUCGGUGAUGAGAGGGUCAUCAAGGGAAUUCCUAUCGAUGGCAUCGCUCUGUCCCCGCUAGACGCCUACGAGAGAUACGUCUACUACUGUCCGCUGUCGUCUUAUCACCUUUACUCAGUGAAUACCGUUGCAUUGAAAGAGGAAGGCGUCACGAAUAUCGACAGGUACAUUCGGGAAGUCGGGAGAAAGAGCUCGCAGACUGACGGGAUGAUGAUGUCAGCCAAUGGAACUCUGUAUUUUGGUCUUCUCGCUGAUGACGCUGUCGCCCUCUGGGACUCGGAGAGGGACGUCUCCUUCACAACUGGCCAGAGAAUCAUCGGGAGGGAUCACGUGAGGAUGCAGUGGCCCGACAGCUUCGCUAUCGAUGACAAUGGGUACCUCUGGUGCACCACCAAUGCACUUCACAACUUCAUGCACAAUAAGAUCGAUCCCAGACAGGUUAAUUACAGGAUAUCGCGGUUGGUCAUUGAUAAUUUCAGCUAUCAGUAUCACAUGAAUGGCACGGCGCCGGAGUUACCGGUCAUCAUCGCCGGCGCUGAUGAUCGGGUGCCCGUGGCUAUUAGCACAUUCAUCUUCUUCAUCCUCGCGAUUGCUGUUCAGUAGAUGUUUAAGAUUUUAGUUGCUAUGUGGGAUGGGUGUUGAACAAUCGAGGCACUUCGGUUCUAGCUUUAAAUAGGUAUUAAGGGUUCCCGUGGACAUGAGUACGAGAAUAAUGGUCGAUAGUUUUUGCAGUUUUAUGCAAAUGUUUCUUCGAGGGUUGUGAGGAUGGGGGGGCGGUGGGGUACAUGUAGGAAAAUUCCGGGUUUCGAUUGAAGUAAGUGAAGUUUUUUCCGCCAUUUUAUCCUGGGAAAGUGAAGAAUGAGAGUGGGAUUCUCAUCGGAAAUGGAAGGAUUAAUUUCUUGAGAGGGUUUAGAACAAAGAAGCAUUUUCCAUCAUUUCACGACGGGAAUUCUCCCAAUUUGCCUAUAUGGUAUCUCUUGAAAGCGCCCCAUUACCCGUCACUCAUUGUCCAAAUAUGCACAGAGCUAUAAAUUUUUAUGGAAUAAUAAACGGUUCUCCGCACUGUUGGAAAUUUUUUGAAAAUAAAGUAAUCGCUGGAUUUGGAAUUUAAUCCAAUUUUCAAUCCCUCUAAUUGUUGUAUAGACGUGAAAAUGGGAAGCUCGUUGGAUAUUCCAACAAUCAACUACUUUGUCAAUAACAAUAUCUGUGGAAAUUUCUCGUUAAUUAGUCGUUGUUAAAAAAUUUGAGGUUUUUCGCUUGAAAUUUCAAGAGUAAUUUUCCUAACAGUGCGAGGUACUUCAUAACUUCGGGCUAUUCAGUCCCUAAAGGGUAAUUGAAAGAAAAAAGAACAAUAAUUUCCUCUCUUUAUCGAACGUAAGCAUUCGAUGGCAAUACUCGUAUUGCCCUCGAUGAGCAGUUUUUAUCGUUAGCAAUGUGGACAAUUUCCCAGUUAUCAGAAAGAAACUUGAAAUUUUAAACGAGUGAAAUGCAUCUCUACUGUCACAAUAUAGAAUAACUCUCUGUUGUCAACAAUUAAUUACUUUCGAUUACUCUUUCCCUCAGUCACACCUAGAGAUUAAACGCACCAACGAUGUCUAUUAUAAGUCGUAAUUAAUUUACCGUGAACGACAAUUGAUAUAUCGAAGCUCAAUAGCUACGAUCCAUAUUUUACCAUGAAGUGCAGCGAUACACAUUGAGAAACACGAGGGAAAUAAAAUCCAUAUGAUAAAAAGCGAUCUACGAAACUUUCUUCUUAAUUAGACUUGUUAAAAGCUUCAAGAAUUUGCGAGGUACUUCAUAACGUCGGUCUAUUCAAUCCGUAAAGAGUAAUUGAAAGGGAAAAAACAACAAAUUUCCUCUCUUUAUCGAAUGUUAAGCAUUAAAUAUUGUCCUCGAUGGGCGUUUUUUAUCGUUAGCAAUGUGGAUAAUUUCCCAAAAAUUAACCGCGAUUUUUUUUCCGGAUCAGAAACUUGAAAUUUUAAACGAGUGAAAUGCACCUCUGCUGUCACAAUAUAGAAUAACUCUCCGUUGUCAACAAGUAAUUACUUUCGAUUACUCUUUCCCUCAGUCACACCUAGAGAUUAAACGCACCAACGAUGUCUAUUAUAAGUUGUAAUUAAUUUACCGUAAACUACAGUAGCUACAAUAGCUACGUUACACAUUGGACCAUAAAGGGCAGAGACACACAUUGAGAAACGCGAGGGAAAUAAAAACAAGAUGAUAAAAAAAAUACUGUCCAGUAUAUUCCCACUAUUGUUUGCACGUGCUUUCGUAGCACGAUGCACGCAGCCGGGACGAGAACGCACAAUGGAUCUUGUCCCAGUUUUGAGGUGUGCACAAAACGCGUACGAAAUAAUAUCAUUGCGUUACUCGAGCCAGACCCCAGAAGAACCGCACGUUCUAAAUUAUUCUAAUGUCUAGCGUCACGAAAAUAAACAGCACUGGUGGUUUUCCAUGUGCUCAUGUCACGCAAGUUUGAAUGAUUAAAAUUAGGAGAGUGUACCUGACCAGAAUCUCCUACGCUGUUAGAAUAAGAUUGAAAUUGCGUGGACUUUUUAAAAGUAAUUUUCAGGAAAGCGACAUUGAAGUCCAUUUGGGAGAGAAAAAAUAAUUAAAUUUCAAAUUUUACUGGAAAUUCAAUGGAAUUUCAAAUUUUUUAGCAGUAGGAAGAUGAGAAUGCCACAAUUUACUUGAAUUUUCACUUGAAUUUUUAUUAUUUUUCAUGGAAUAAUUAAAGUGAACUUCACGUUUCGAUUAUGAAACUCCUUAAAAUUUAUAUGGAACUGUUACUUUUUAUAAAAAAUUUCCAAAAAAUAUACCGGAAAUCCAGUAAAAGUUUUUUAUUAAUUUUUUUUUUCAAAUUUUUAUGGACAGUUUAAUUGUCAUUUUUAGGAGAGCGAGAUUAAAUUCGAUGUCAAUCAUGAAAUUUUAAAUUUCAUCGAGAAUUCCCCAACUCCCGCGAAUCUCCAAUCAAAUUUACGCUGAAUUUUAAAUCAACUAAAAAUUCAAGAACAUAUUUUCAUGACUUCUAUAAAUUUUCAUUAAAUAAUUGACCUAAAAUUUGAAGUUUUCAUUGAUUUUUUUAUCAAACUGUGGAUUUUCAAUGACAAAAUUCCCUGCAAUUUCAGCAGAACGUGACAGAAAUUUCCGAUAAGUGUCCCGGAAACGUCAUAAAAAAUUGCUAUCCCAAAUCUGUUGAUCCUGUCUCACACUUUUGUCCAAACACUAAAACCAUUGAAUAGAAAUGUUAGAAAAAACGAUUGUAUAAUUAGUUGCAAGAAUGGGAAUCUUUUUUUUCAUGUCAAGACCAUGAAUAUUAUCUGAUUCGCUAGAAUUCUCUGGAUAUAUGAAAAAAUGAAAAUCUCAAUGAGAUUCUUCUGCAAUUCCUCACAAUAAUUUCUUCAUCCCCAUUUGUGUUGAUAAUUUGCCGUCUGUGGAUGAUUACGAUUGUCAACGAUUAAAAGUGUACGUGUUUGUGUCAAUGAAACCGAGUGGUAUUGUCAGUGUUUUCUUUAAUCUCAGAGCGUCAAGUGGGUAAUAAGCGAAGUGUGACACACGGCUGCUGGCUUUUUGUACUCUUGAGUGUACACAGAAAGAGGGAGAGGGGGGAGGAUAAUUCAUGCUAUACGCAGCCUUCGGGAUGAGCUAUGCUUUCACCCUGCAUUAGUGCGUUGACGGCGUCUCAAUACAGCGAACAAUGAAGAAAAUAAUACGAGAUGAUUUUUAUUCAUGAGCCAAGGAUUUCUAAAAAAUUGUGAAUGACUCAGUCAUUCUUUUGUACCCUCAGUUCUUCUCAACAAAAAAUCAGUCACGUGUGUGUGCCUGUCGAUUGAUGAUUUCACGCUACUCUCUGAAAAUUCUGAUGGAAGAUUAAUUAAGAUCCUUGGAUUUUCACGGAAAAACCCGAGAGUAAAAUAAAUAGUUUCAUCGACAGCGCACCUCAUUCAUGACCCUAUUUUUCCCAUUUUUUCCUCAUAUCUAGAAUCAAGGUGAUGGAAAAAAAAUAAAGCUGUCCAUGAAUUGAAGCAUCGAUUGGGUGCACUCAGUAGUUUAUAACUAUUUUUGAAGAGAAUACCUUCUGUGGAAAACGUUAAAGGGCGAGUACUCGAUGUACGCCAUUUAGAGAAAUAUAUUGUAAUAUUUUAUGAAACUAGAGCAGCAUUUAUCUCGUGAACAUAAAAUUAUGGAAUGAAUGUUCAUUGAAAUUUUCCGCACAAGAGGUUUUGAGUAAUUGCGCAUUUUUAAUUACUCAAGUUGUGAAUUCCACGAUGAGAAUGAGACAUUCCAUGUCAAUUCAGCCGGCUUUCAAUGCAGUAUAAUUUGGUUUCAUUACCCACAGUAAAUUUAGAAUGAAUAUCUAUGGAAAAUUAAUUACCGCGGAAUGUCUCAAAUGUUUUACAAUGUCAGUGACAUUAUGGACACUUCAUAUAAAUGUUUCUCAUAAGAUACGAGUGUGAAUGAGCAUUAAUAUAUUUUCUACGAAAUAUUAUGAAAUUAGUGGUGGUAUCAAAGAUAUAUUCGAUUGUAAAACAACGAACGGCAGUGGAAUCAAUUCUGAAAGCGUGUGAAAUUCGUGAGAGAUGUUCGAACACUUCGAGAGGCCUCAAUUGCUGGAAUAAAUUCUCCCUGAAUUCACUGCCGUUCCGCCAGUAAAACCGUACUAUUCAUGUAGCAAUUGAGUGUAAUAUUCCAGUGAAUAAAUUAUGAAUAAAUAAAUGAA